UAUUAUUGCCAAAUAAUAUGUUUUAUGUCAUCAUUGUAUCGUGAAUUCUAUUUUUAGAAAUUCUAAUUUAAGUUCCGGUUUUUAUUGGUUAUUUUUAGCUAAUUUGUCCAUCAUGUAUCUAUUUAUAAAUGCCUGUGCUUGUACCUUGUCAUUAGCCAAUGAAAUGAGAGUAUUUCGAUCACGUGUAUAUAACUUCUGUUUUAAACUCAAGUGUGAGAAAGACGUGUUUCCGUAAUCUAAGAUAUUGAUCGCUUUGUAAAGUUUAAAUUCACGGCCAUGUACUUUCCGAUAGUUUGAGAAGUAUUGGACGCGGGAGGAUUUGCUUUGGAACUUUGUUAUUUAGUUAAAGUAAGUGUUAAAAUCGGUGUACUGUGUAAGUUUUUUACCAUCGGCGCCCGGGGUAUGUAACCAGUCAAAAUGGCGGAUCGAACAUCAGUGUGCAUUAUUGGGCAUUCUUAUGUAAAACGAUUGGAACGAUUUAUUUUACAAAACCCUGUGUAUGAAAACUUGGGUCUUGAUGAAGAACAAAUUAAUGUGUGUUUUCGGAGCCAAGGGGGUUUGUCUAUUUACGGACUUGCUAACUCGUCAAGAUUGUGCGCGUUUUCGGCAGUUCCUACUUUAUGUGUUCUGGAGAUAGGGGGUAACGAUGCUACGACUCGACCAUCACAUGUCAUUGCACAAGACAUUUUUUCAUUUGCGAACUAUUUGAUACAUGGAUAUGGUGUAAAAUCCGUGAUCAUUGGUCAACUGUUGCGCCGCGACCCUCGAAAAUCACCGAUUGGAUAUAACGAGGAGGUCAUCAGUAUAAACAAACACUUGGAACAUUUGACAAGUAGUGAGGAGCAUGUCCAUUUCUGGAAACAUAGAGGAUUUUGGACUAACUUGGCAUACCUUGGGCGCGAUGGAGUUCACCUUGGGGUAGAUUCGGAUGGAUGUUAUCCAGCACCCAUGGUCAAAUACUUGAGGAGCAUAAAAUAUGCAGUGCAUAACAGAGUUCAAAAACUCAAGGCCAGUAAAUUAACAUCACUUUGUCAAAGAAAAUUUAAAAAAGAUAAUUUAAGAAAGUUUUUAAUGAGUAUAACUUGAGUUAUUUUCUAAG